ACUGAAAUUAGAGUACAAAAUCGACGAAUUCGGAGAUGAUUUUUCAGAAAUUGUGCACAAAUGAGUCCAACCUCAACGCUAUAGCUUCCGAAUCGCGUUUUCAAACGCAGAUCGGUGUUUCGAAAUUCUCCUCUGGCGGCGGUGGUCGUAUCUCCGCCAGGUCUAAAGACCGUCACAUUAAGGUUAACGGAAGAAGCCGUCGAGUUAUGAUGCCGGCUCUUGUCGCCGCUAGGAUUUUUCAGUUGACGCGUGAGCUUGGUCACAAAACUGAUGGAGAAACCAUUGAAUGGCUCCUUAGUCAAGCUGAACCGUCGAUUAUUGCCGCCACUGGCUCCGCGACUAAGCCGAUUUCGAAUUAUGUUGGUGUUGCGCCGGUUGAUUCCUCGUCGCCGAUGAUGUUUGCUAUGAUGCAAACGCAAACGCAACAACCGCCGAGUUGUAAACUGGAUCUAUGUCAGCCAAUCGGAACUCAGUAUCCGGUGAAUGGUUACAGUCAUAUGCCGUUCACAGCGAUGCUUUUACAACCGAUGACCACGGUGGCAGAUUCCGACAUUGAGGUCGCGGCGGAGGAGGAACGUCACCACCACAAAACAGGGAACCCAAAAGUUCUUGUUUCGGUUACAAACCUUAUAUAUACUCGACUUCAGAAUCUAAAGAAUGUCUUAAAGGCUGACGUUGAUCGAGAUUUAGGAUAUUGCAUCAAAAAUUUGAAGGGCGAUUGGAAUGAAGCAUUUAAUUUUGAUAAAAAUCUGGACUUCUUAAGCAAUUGUGUCAAGAAAAAUGAUGGUGACCUCACAAUUAGACUAUGUACAGCUGCGGAGAUAAAGUUCUACUUCAGUAGUUUUGUUAGAAGAGAUGAAGCAACAACGGUUCAUGUAAAGCCUAACAUCAACUGCAAUUUGGCUAAAUGGGUUUCCGGAUGCGAGCCAGGAUGGAGUUGCAACGCAGAUGAUGAUAAAAGAUUUGAUCUCAACAAUGGAAAAAUUCUUCCAUCUAGAACUCGUAAAUGUCAACCUUGUUGUGAGGGUUUCUUUUGUCCACAAGGUCUUGCUUGCAUGAUACCGUGUCCAUUAGGCGCAUAUUGCCCGCUUGCCAAGCUUAAUAAAACAACAGGAUUUUGUGAGCCAUAUAAUUACCAAAUUCCUCCGGGAAAGUUGAAUCAUACAUGUGGUUCUGCAGAUAGUUGGGUUGAUGCGGAGAGUAGUGGUGAUAUGUUUUGUUCACCAGGUUCAUAUUGCCCAACAACGAUUCGAAAGGUCACUUGUAGUAGUGGGCAUUACUGCAGACAAGGUUCUACUUCACAAAAACCAUGUUUUAAGCUCGCAACAUGUAAUCCGAAUACCGCAAACCAAAAUAUUCAUGCCUAUGGAGCCAUCUUAAUUGCGUCACUAAGUCUUCUCAUGAUCAUGGUUUAUAACUGUUCUGAUCAAGUUCUCGCCACUCGAGAAAAAAGACAAGCAAAGUCGAGAGAAGCUGCAGCUAGACACGCAAAAGAAACAACACAAGCUCGAGAAAGGUGGAAAACUGCAAAAGGUGUUGCCAAGAACCAAAAGAUGGGAUUAUCUGCACAACUAUCUCAAACAUUUUCUCGCAUGAAAUCUGCUAGAAAGGAUGCCACACCUGCUAAAGCAUCAGGAAAGUCAAAAGACAAGAAAAAAGAACCAAGUAAUUUAACCAAGAUGAUGAAAUCAAUGGAGGAGAACCCGAGUAACAACGAAGGAUUCAAUGUAGGAACCGGUAGUAAACCUGGGAAGAAGCCGCAAGCUCCAAAGGGUAAACAACUACAUACUCAAAGCCAAAUCUUUAAGUAUGCAUAUGGUCAGAUUGAGAAGGAGAAAGCUAUGGAGCAAAACAACAAGAACUUGACAUUCUCGGGAGUUAUUUCGAUGGCUACCGACACUGAGAUGAGGACUAGACCUGUUAUAGAAGUUGCGUUUAAGGAUCUAACCCUUACAUUGAAGGGUAAACAUAAGCAUAUAUUGAGAUCUGUCACCGGAAAGAUCAUGCCAGGUCGUGUCUCUGCGGUCAUGGGUCCAUCAGGAGCUGGAAAAACUACAUUUCUUUCUGCCUUGGCUGGAAAAGCAACUGGAUGUACGAGGACUGGUCUAAUCCUCAUAAAUGGUAGAAAUGACUCCAUAAACUCAUAUAAGAAGAUCACUGGAUUUGUGCCACAAGAUGAUGUUGUGCAUGGCAAUCUUACCGUCGAGGAAAAUCUUCGAUUUAGCGCAAGAUGCAGAUUAAGUGCUUAUAUGUCAAAAGCAGACAAAGUGUUGAUCAUUGAAAGAGUGAUUGAAAGCUUAGGACUACAACAUGUAAGAGACUCGUUGGUUGGUACGAUUGAAAAAAGAGGAAUCUCUGGAGGACAAAGAAAACGUGUGAACGUUGGUGUUGAAAUGGUCAUGGAACCUUCGCUAUUGAUAUUAGAUGAACCCACUACAGGUUUAGAUAGUGCAUCUUCACAAUUACUUCUUAGAGCACUUCGACGUGAAGCACUUGAAGGUGUUAACAUUUGUAUGGUCGUGCAUCAACCCAGUUAUACAAUGUACAAAAUGUUCGAUGACAUGAUAAUACUAGCAAAAGGUGGCCUUACCGUGUACCAUGGAUCAGUCAAAAAAAUCGAAGAAUAUUUUGCUGAUAUCGGGAUCACGGUUCCCGAUCGUGUCAAUCCUCCUGAUCAUUAUAUAGAUAUUCUUGAAGGCAUUGUGAAACCAGAUGGUGAUAUAACUAUAGAACAACUUCCUGUGAGAUGGAUGUUGCACAAUGGUUACCCUGUGCCUCACGAUAUGUUGAAGUUUUGUGAUGGACUUCCUUCAUCAUCAACUGGAUCAGCUCAAGAGGAUUCCACUCAUAAUUCUUUUAGUAAUGAUUUAUGGCAAGAUGUGAAAACUAAUGUGGAAAUCACGAAAGAUCAGUUACAACACAACUACUCAAAUUCUCAUGACAAUUCUAAUCGAGUAACUCCUACCGUAGGUCGACAAUAUAGAUAUUUUGUUGGAAGGGUUGGAAAACAACGACUUAGAGAAGCAAGACUACAAGCGUUAGAUUUCCUAAUAUUAUUAGUUGCAGGAGCUUGUUUAGGAACUCUUGCAAAGGUGAACGACGAGACGAUUGAUACACUUGGCUACACAUACACCAUUAUAGCUGUCUCUCUUUUGUGUAAGAUCUCGGCGUUGAGAUCGUUCUCUGUAGAUAAACUACAAUAUUGGAGAGAAAGUGCCGCUGGAAUUAGCAGUUUGGCACAUUUUAUGGCUAAAGAUACAAUGGACCAUUUAAACACAAUUAUGAAACCUUUAGUGUACUUGUCCAUGUUCUACUUCUUCAACAACCCGAGAUCUAGUUUCGAAGACAACUACAUUGUACUAGUAUGCUUGGUCUACUGCGUAACAGGCAUGGCUUACAUCUUUGCCAUAUUGUACAGUCCUAGCGCCGCCCAAUUGUUAUCGGUGUUAGUCCCCGUUGUUAUGACUCUUAUUGCGAAUCAAGAUAAGGAAAGCAUGGUUCUUAAGUAUCUCGGAAGCUUCUGCUACCCCAAAUGGACUCUCGAAGCUUUUGUCCUUUCCAAUGCUCAAAGGUACUCUGGAGUGUGGGUGGUGACUAGAUGCAGUUCAUUGUCUCAAAACGGAUAUGAUCUUAGUGAUUGGAUAUUAUGUCUCAUUGUUCUCAUUCUUAUGGGACUAAUAUGCCGAUUCAUAGCUUAUUUCUGCAUGGCUUAUGGUGAGAAUGAGAUCCCCCAAGCGGAAUCUGAAGAAUUGCUGGAUGUCGGAAUCAUGUACAAACCCAAAGGUUCAGUUAAUUUACUGUUAUGGGACAUUCUUCUACGUGCUAAUGAGCCACGAAAAAAUUUGAUGGUAAUCUCAAAUAAACUCCGUGAAGACAAGGAGGCCGUCAGGGUUCUUUGGGCUUUGAAAUCAAGUGGCCGCACUGUUCUUUUGGUACAGCCAAAUGACGAGGCUGCAUUAGAAAAGCUAUUUCAUACUCCAGAGUCAAUAUCUGAUUGUUUCAAUGUUUUGUCGGUACUGCCUCCUGAUGAGGCCGUAUCAAAAGAGCUAUUACGUGAUGCAGACUCGAUAUUUAACUGUACAGUUAAUACAAUCCGCAUGGACCCAAGGCUUGGAGGUGUAAUCCCUAAGGAUAACAACUAUAUCCCCGAUGACUAUAUCUCCGGCUUACUAGAGAAGGGCUUAGUAGAGAAGUAUGCCAAGUCCAAAAUCUAUUUCCUUCCUGGAGGUGGUGACAAAAAUGCGAGACAUAAUAGGAUGAUAAAUGACAUUAGAUUAUGGAUAAUAGACUCACCUGUGGAUGGUACUGCACCAUCAAAUGUGAUUGUUAUCUCAAACAACAUCCAAGGAGAUGACGUCGAGACAUAUGGCAUCCCAAGAGUCAUUGACUUGAUCUAUCCUCUUAAAUGCUUAUAUGCGAGAGGUUACAAUGCUUUCUUAGUACAGCCUAAACUGCUCGCACCAGAAAUAUCCCAAACCUCAGAAUGGCCAGGACACCUAUUAGAUGUAGGUGAAGUUAUUGGCAGAUAUAAACCCGACCCCAGUCAGAAGAAGCGGUGGCGAAAGAAAAAGAAGUCGAGAAAGCGUAAGACCAGUGAGCCUAUCACACGCGUUGAUGGGCCUAAGACAGGCAUCUUCUGGGACAUCAAUGAUUCACCACUCCCUAAUGAUCUUGAUCCUCAAUCAAUGUAUCAGAAACUCAAAUCAGCUCUUGAGGAAAAAGAAUAUUUAGGUGAGAUGACAAUAUGGGCUUAUGCCGAGAAGAUAACGUUCUCGGAUGACUUAGUGGAUGAAUAUCGGAAAGCCAAAAUUUACUUUCUUCCCGGAGGGGAUAAGAAUGCGAGGCAUAAUAGGAUAAUACAUGACAUUCUUUUAUGGCAAAUAGACACACCUCUGAGGUAUCCUACAGAAUCAAAUGUGAUCGUCAUCUCAAACAAGAUCCCAUGUGACAUUGACUUGAUCAAAUGUCUUGUAUAUUCGGCUGGGGUAGCUCUUGAGAAGUUGGGUUUUUAUGCUCUUGAACCGGUCGAAUUCAUUGCUUUGGGUGAGAAGAAGGAUAUCGCCUCAAAAGGUGAAUGGUUCGAAGCCGACAUCUACUACGUAUCCGAAGGGGAUAAAGACACUCGAGUUAACUUAAUGUCAUUUCACAUUCUUAACUGGGCAUCGAGCUCUUUUAAGUGUCAACCAAAUGUGAUGUUAAUCUCAAGAAACCUCCCCGAUGACACAGAGUUCGUCAGGGUUUUUGCCGCUUUGAAAUCAAGAGGUUUCAAUGUUCUCUUGGUACAGCCUCAUGAUGAGGCCGCAUCAAAAGAGCUCUUACGUAAUGCAGACUCAAUAUCUGACUCUACUAGAUUUUUUAAUGGAGGAAACCAUGUGGAUGACCAAAGUGGAAGCUCACAAGGUUCUCUAGUCUCAAAUUCUCUGGCGAUUGAAACCAUCAACAACGAAGAUUUCUCCAAGCCUAUCAAACGCGUUGAUGGGCCUAAGACAGGUGUCUUCUGGGACGUCGAUGAUUCAUCACUCCCUAAUGAUCUUGAUCCUCAAUCGAUCUAUCAGAGAAUUAAAUCAGAUCUUGAGAAAAAAGAUUACUAUAUUUACGAGAUGUCAAUAUGGGCUUAUGCUGAGAAGAUAACCUUAUCAGAUGAAUUGUUGCAUGAGUAUCGCAAGUCCAAAAUCUACUUCCUUCCCAAAGUUCCAGGGGAUAAAAAUGCGAGACAUAAUAUGAUGUUACAUGACAUUAGUUUAUGGGCAAUAGACACACCUGUGGCAUAUCCUGCACCAUCAAAUGUGAUCGUUAUCUCAAACAACAUCCAAGGAGACGACGUCCAGACAGACGGCAUCCCAAGAGUCAUUGACUUGAUCUUUACUCUUGAAGGUUUGUAUUCGAGAGGUUACAAUGCUUUCUUAGUACAGCCUAAUCUGCUUGCACCAGAGAUGUCCCAAACCUCAGAAUGGCCAGGAUGCGUAUUAGAUGUAGGUGAAGUUAUUGGCAGAUUUCUUCUAGCCCCUAGUCAGAUGAAGCGUAUGCGGAAGAAAGUUAAGCCAAAGCGAAUUCGUCGAGGCAGAAGAGCACUUCGUGAGGACUAGCUUCUCUGCGUAGAUCAUGACCGUUGUUACUUCCUUAUUUGAAGCCUUAACCUAUAGAAUUAUUUAUAUUAAUUCUGUUUUCAACUAUUUACGUGUGAGCUCUUCUUCUCUUUAGUUAUCCGCUCUUUGUUUGUUGGAAUUUCUUGCGACAUUGUCCAUAUUCUUAUCUAUCUCUCAAACUUCGAUUCCAAAAGAAAUAAUUUAUUUACCA